AUUCAGAAAGUCGAAUCAAGUCCCUCUAGGUCUUACCCAUCGUGUUCGCCGCCGCCGCCGCAGCCUUUUCCGGCCAUCUUCUCAAGCUCCCGUCGCCUGCGUCGUGAUUCUUUCCCCUCCGGCUGUUCGUCGAUGCCUAACCAAAUGCUACCCACAAGGACGGUGUCGUCGUGCACUCCGCGGACGGUGCAGGGCAUCCACGUCUUCAGCAUCUCCGGGUACAGCCAGCAUAGGGGCAUCGGCUAUACUGAGUACAAUAAGUCCGGCGCCUUCUCCGUCGGGGGUCAUGAAUGGGAAAUCCGCUUCUAUCCUGACGGGCAACACAAGCAAGAUUUUAUCGCAGUCUACCUCGAGCUCCUGAGCAAGGGCGCCAAUGUGCACGCGUCCUGCGACCUUAGGCUGGUUGACCAGACGACGGGGCUGUCUUCUUCAGUGCACAAGACAGCGCCCAGGAUGUUCAACCCAAAUAAUGACCUCAGGUUUGCUCCACAAGAUGGUAACUUUAUGAGCAGGACUGAGUUCGAAGCAUCAGCCUACCUUCGGAAUGAUCACCUUGCUAUCGAAUGCGUUGUCACUGUCUUGAAGGAUGCGAUUGUGUCUCAAGUCAAACCAAGGUCCCGAAUUGAGGUGCCGCCGUCUGACAUCACGGCACAACUUGGCAAAUUGUUGGAAGCACAAGAGGAAGUGGAUGUGACAUUCAGUGUUGGAGGAGAGACUUUUGCGGCGCACAAGAUCAUCCUCGCCAUGCGAUCGCCCGUGUUCAAAGCAGAGUUCUACGGGCCGAUGAGGGAGAAUGCAGCAGCACUGAUCAUACCUAUCCAAGACAUGCAGCCUGAUGUCUUCAAGGCCAUGCUCCAUUUCAUCUAUACUGAUGCAUUGCCUGCCAUGGAUGAUCUCGAGGGAGACGAUCGUAGUGAAAUUAUAAGGCACUUACUUGUGGCUGCGGACCGAUACGCUCUCGACAGGCUGAAGCUUGUAUGUCAAAGCAUUCUUUGCGACAAUAUUGAUGUGCAGACUGUGGCAACUACAUUGGCUUUAGCUGACCAGCAUCAUUGUGACAUGCUUAAGGAUGCUUGCGUGGAAUUUAUCUCUUCCUCAGCGAUGGAUGAUAUAGUGGCAACUAAAGGGUUUGUGGAUCUCACAAGAAAUUGUCCUUCCGUCUUGAUUGAUGUAUUUGUGAGGAUGAGUAGGUCCUGCAAGUCGUAGAUAAAUAUAAGUGUGGUCGAGAAAUUGUAAGAAUAGCAUGUUAGUUUUUCAUGAUCAGCUCAUAGAAACUCAAUCUUUAUAAUGCGUGGUCAGAUUAGUCUUCAAUUUACAGACAGCUUUCUAGUUUUAUUAAUUCAUGGCCUGAACAUAUGAUUUUUCCAGGAGUUUA